UUCGCCAUGUUUUUUUUUUCUGUUGAAGUUGCCAUCGUCCCAUUUUGAUUAUCUUGGUAAAUUUUUAUCUUCAAGGAUGGUAGAAAAUAAUAAUAUCACAUUUUUUUCUAUCCAAAAUGUUGACCACCAAAAUCACUGCCAUGCUGUACCAAUAUUAAGCCCGUUUUCAACGAUUUGCCAUGCAUUUUAGAGAGAAAAAUCAGGAUUUCACAUUGUUUUUCGCCAUAACGAAAUUGUUCAUGUAGCCAGGUGACAUUUUUCUUGUUAUAUAUCAUCUCAAUCUUGUGUGCUUUUUGUACACCUCACGUUUUCUACUUUCUGAAACUAAUCAUAUUUUUUUAGAUGAAUCGUAUUAUUAUUCAGCAUGGCAGAAAAACAUCCUCCAUAUGUUUUGCAAAAAAUACAAUAAAGCCUGCUACGUAUGUGCUCCAAUCAGGGCUUUUUGGCCCAAUUAUUUUUUUUCUUUUUCUUUUUUGAACAUAGGUCAGGUCCUAUUCCAGCAACAAGUCAAGAGGUUCGAUCUGACCGGGAGGUUCCCCGUAUAUUUAACGUCAGCUAGAUAUCCGGGUACGUACCAGGAAAGGGAUCCGUUGGAGAGACUCCAGCCCUCGUUCGUUCCCGUCUUGUUGUUCCCCACCGAUCGUCCUCCCAGAAGCCAAGCCCCGCUGGCCGCCGUCAGUGCCCUAAUCCAAAAUACCACCGUAAGAUCACCACCCGUUACUCUUUGUUCAAUUUUUCCCACACAGAUCGAUGGUUUCCUCUCUCUAUUUAAUUUGCAGAUCCUGUCUCCCGCUUCUGAUCCAUGUUCGAGAGGAACACCAAGUCGAGGCUGGAAAGCCAUCCAGGGCUGACGUCAGAGGCGGCCGGCCUGCUCACCGACGACCUCAUCCUGGAGAUCUUCUCCCGUCUCCCUGCCAGAUCCCUUCACCGCUUCAAGUGCGUCUCCGUGUCCUGGCGCGACCUCAUCACCGACCCCGCAAACCGCAACGAGCUGUCCCAGACUCUCGCCGGCUUCCUGUACACGUUCCCCGGCCGCAGGGACCACCACUUCGCCAGCGUCUCCGGGGACGGUGCAGCCCCAUUCGACCUUUCCCUCCCUUACCUGCGCAAUGACAAGGACGAUAAGGGCAUCACCCUCGUGGACGCCUGCAAUGGUCUUCUUCUCUGCCGUCGCCACAAGAAGAACAAGGCGACCCCUUGGAAAGAGGAUGAUUUCGGUUUUGUGGUGUGCAAUCCCACCACAGGGAGGUGGGUGGAGCUGCCCCCACAACCGCAGGCGCCGCCGAGAAGAUAUACCCACACCGCAAGCCUGGCUUUUGAUCCGGCAGUAUCGUUCCAUUUCCACGUUCUUCAUUUUGAAGAGACCUAUACGGGGUCUUACAUCACAGGAGUGAACAUCUACUCGUCGCGAACAGGAGCAUGGAGUCAUAGGGACAGCAGUGGGAUGGUUGAGAAAGUUACCCUGUUCUCUAGGAGUAAAUGUGUCUUUGCUGGAGGUAUGAUGUACCUCAUGGGCAAUCUGGAGGAGAUGAACGGAGAGUAUGUGCUGGUGGGGGUGGACAUGGACGGGAAAGUGUGGAAGACUAUCCGCACGCCGUAUGGUCGAAGAUUUGGUACGAUUGGAUUGUCUCAAGGGUGCUUACACUAUGUUGUAGCUUCUGUCGGUGAUUACGAUGCAAUCCAGGUUUCUGAGAUAGCGCUCUGGUGCCUCAAGGAUCGUGAUAGUAAAGAAUUAGUCCUGAAUCAUACUGCCAACAUCAAUAAGCUUAUGAGCAUGACUGAAAAGAUGUACAUGGUGGCUGAGAUUCAUCCAGAUUGCGACACCAUUUUCUUGGUUUCAUUUGGUGGUGAUACCUUGGCAGCGUACGAUAUGCGACAUCAGAAAGUUGGUUGUAUCCUUAAUCUUGAGAAGAACACACGAUGGUUUCUACCUUAUGUUCCUCUAUUCUCGGAGUCAUUAGCAGAUGAAGAUUGUCGGUAG